AUGGAGAGAAGAAAAGGCACAGUAGCUAAAAACCGAAACGUGUUUAAAGGAACUGUUCUCAUCUCCUUACUGGUAGAAACAAAUGCCAGUUUUUUUCCAAGUAGAAUAACAGCAUGUAAGUUUGCCAGGAGGUUGUUUCGAGAAGGACACAUACAGAGCAUUUCUGGGGCCAAGGAUUUUGAGGAUUCAGCUCAGUUGUACGUGUGGUGUGAUCUUGAGCGACCAGAAGCAGAGCAUGGACACAUUUUGAUCUCAGCUGGGUCUUCAUAUAGGCAGAUCAGCUGGCAGCUGAUUCAAGAUAUUAGAAGCAAACUAUUGAACAGAAGUGAAACCUACAACAUUGUCACAUCCUACAAUACUUUCUUUCAAGAGCUAGAACACGACUUUGGUUUUGUUCCCAAACCAGGUUCUAACACGAAGUCACAACCAGGUCAUAGGGAAGGCUGGAGCCAGAGCAACACGCCUCACACAAGCACACUAGAAAACAGGAAAGAUGUGGUGCAUUCUACAGACAGUUCACUUGAGAAUCAGGCAUACCAAGGAAGGUUGAGAGAUAAUAAAACUAAAAGAAAGAAUUGUAAACUUCCAGCUGGUAAUUCAUCUAGUGUAGACAAUAAAAUUUCCUCUUCUGUCACUGUGCCACAUGAAACAUUACAUUUAAAUCACCCUCAGCAAGACAGAAAAUCAUUUCAACAGAAACACCAUCUUCAGCAUAAUUCUCCUGCAUUACAUCAAAAUAUUCCAGAAGUAAACAGAGAACAGGCCAGCAGAAUGAACACAGAACAUAAUCUAGUAUCUGAUGAGAGACUGAUCAGCACCAAUGAGAACUCACAACAUCAGUUAUCACUCUCAGAUGUCACUAGCAUGAACCACAGAGAUGCUCCCUAUCAACAAGCAGCAAUGCUCAGUCAUAACAAGUCUGUAAAAUCAUUGGAUAAUUUAGAAAAUGCCAAAAUCAGACAUUCUGAACCAGUUCUUAACAGAGAUAAUGACAGAAGAACCACAGAGCAGUUUAACCACAACCAGACGCAGGCAUUUCCGCCUGAAAUGCAAAGUUGGCUGGAUCCAGGUGUAUCUCACUUCAGUGGAAAUCAGCUGCGAGUUCCGAAAAAUAAUAGACCUGAAGAUGAUAGUAGCCAGAGUAAUGGGAGUAGGACUAAAUGGGCAGAAAGUAGUGUUAAUGAUGGAAUGGAUAAUGGCCGGAGAUGGCCAGAAAGUGCGUACUCGUACUCAGAUAAUGAGAAGCAGCUUCUAGAAGAGAUGAGGAGAAUGAAAAAGGAACAUCAGAAUGUGCUCCGUACGUAUGAGAGCCGAAUAAACAAGCUGAUGGCCAAAAUGCAUGAGUUGCGUAACAUAGCCGAGAUGUUAGAGCACAGUUCAAACAAAUCAUCCCCGUAUGGCAUUCUGCCAGGAAAAUUAGCCAUUCUCAAUAUUCUAGAAGGAAAAACAGUGGAUGGGAAGAAUGUGGUGACAGAUUCUACAAACUCUGAAAGUGACCGGGUGCCUCCACCUCUACCACCUCGACCAGGCAAAGGAUCGAGAGUCUAUCCCAACAAGCCAAUCAUUCGGACAGAUGUUACAAUGAAGUCUCUACCAUGGUCAAGGAUUAUUCUAGAAAGCAAUGGAGGAAAACAAUCAAAUACUAUCUGGCAUGGAAUGACAGAACCAAGAAUUGACACAGAAGAACUGCAGAGGUUGUUCUCAGAGUGUAGAGAAAUCUCUGAAGUUAAUCUCUAUGAUGACAUUUGUCUAAGAAGAGGAGGGAGGAAUCAAACACAGCUUGUGUCCAUUUAUGAUGCCGAGAGGUCUCAACGAAUUGUAUCCGAGCUACGAUCCCUGCAUUGCACACUCACAGACAUCACACAAGUAUUUAUGACCUUGAACUGUGAUGGCCUCCACACAGACAGUUUUGCUGAACUUCUAGAGUUGUUGAAGUCACAGCGGGAUCUUGAUCAAAUAUCCCAUCACACCAAGAAGAGAGGAGCAGGCCAGCUUGAUGCUCCAGAGUUUCUCAUCUCUGAAUUAUCAAAAAUUGACCACUUCAGAGAGAGGCUGGAGUUUCUGAGGUUUAAGAAUAAGAUCCAGAUAAACCUCUUUGAAAUUGAUCAACAAUUGAGAGAACUUCACACGGCCUGUGAAGAGAUUACAUCCAGCGUCCCUCUUAGACAUGUGCUGGAAACAGUUCUAGCUAUAGGAAACCACAUGAAUGCUGGGACUGAUAGAGGGCAAGCAGACGGCUUUCAUCUCGAUGUACUGGCAUCACUCAAGGACGUGCAGGAUAUGUCUAAACAGAACAGUUUAUUGGAGUUGGCCAUGCGGCAAUAUUGUCUAAGAUUUGAGUCUGACCUUGCUUUUGGUUGCCCGACAAGGUUUCGCUUACCAGAACCAUCCAACAUGAGGCAUGCAGCUCAGGUUUCAUUUGAGGAUAUACAGAGAGCAUUGAAAGAGUUAAAAAAUGAACUGUCUGUUGUUAGGAAUAAACUGGAAACACUUUCAAAGCGUGAAGGAAAUACUGUAACUGUCACCCUGCGAGCAAUCAGUGAACACUUUUUGUCAUCAGCCAUGGAAGUCUUAGCCGAGGAGCAGAAACUGCUCGAUGAUACUCGUGUCCAGUUUUGGAAGACUGCAGCAUUUUUCAGCUAUGAUGGUCAGAAAUCAACGCCUCAAGAAUUCUUUCAGAUCUGGGCAUCUUUUCUCCAUGACUGCAAGUACUACUGGAAACUUGCUCACAGAAACUUGGCUAAAGCUAAAUUUAAUGCAGAUUUAUCUUCAAAAAGCCAACUGUCCUGCUCAUCCGUUCCCGGCUUCAACAGUCUAAGGUCAGCCAUGAUGAAACAUGUAGCUGUCUUCCAAGAGGACGAGGAGAUGAGGACCUGCAAGGCUCAACAGCUGCAACACAUUAACUCCUGGAUCCAGUCAGUGGGCAAAUACACAUUAGAGAUGCAGUCAGAAGGUGCCAGUUCAAGCCUAGAUAAAGACUACAUAGGUCAGCAAUUAGUCCCACAAGAAAGAAAGCAUCAACAGCCACAUCUUCAAGAAUCUGAACUAAAUCACUCUUCACCACCUUAUCAGAAUGAAACAUUUGCAGAACCUAGGAAUAAUAAAGCUGUCACAAACCUAGGAAGACAGCUUGAACAAGAAGACAAACCAGUACCAGACUUGAGAGCAGUGCAGCAGAACAAAAUAGGACGUAAUGAUACUGACAUUCCACAAGCCCCAUCUUCGCCAAAACCAAUAAACGCCACACCACCAGAUGUACUGAGACCCCGAGCUACCAUUCAUCCUGCUCUCAAACAACAAGCAAACUCUGCUACCUCUUCAGAAUUUCACAUUGCCAGACCCAUGAUGAUGUUUCAGGCUAAUUCUCCUGGCAUGCAAAGUCAUCGCAAAAACAGCGGUAGUUAUCCAGAUGAUAAUUUUGGCUUUGAACCUCUUUAUGAAAGCCUCUCUCAUUAUUCACGAAACUAUCAUAAUCCUGAGAUGAAUGAGGAGUCCAGCUGUCCACAAGAUGGGGUUCAGGGCUUGACUUCUUCAGGAAGUACAUUGACAGAUCAUGAUAAUAUUCAGAAAAAGAAUUCAAAUUUCUUUAAAUCUUUACUAAAGAGAGAUCAAAUUAGAGGCCCAUUACAUGAAGAGCAUUCACAAGUGUCACCACACAGAAAUGUAUCAACUCCCUUUAGAAAAGUCAAACACACUUUUGCUCAGAAAUUUUCUGCAAAUGGGAAUGCUAAGAAUUCAAAUAGUGUUUCACCGAAGAACUACCCCAUUUCACAUCAAAACAUGGGCAAUGAAAUUCCCAGUAAACCACAAACAAGAGCUUCUUCAAAGCCUGACUCUUAUUACAUGACAGACAAGUCAGCUUUUAACAAUGUAACUGAUGUAAAAGAGAGAGACAGUGUUGAUUACCAGAACAUCUGCUUUCCUGAUCAACCAAGGAAGGAGGUUUUAAAUCAUGCAGAUACACCAGACAGCCUGGAGGUUCACCCUGACCGUUCUGAAAGGAUUUUCUACAGAGAUGGCCAUGAGUCAUUUCCUUCCACUAUCAGCAGCUUGCAGAGUGUCCGGGGCAGAAGUCGACCAUUUUUUCAAGAGAAUGCUUUCUAUAGACGCGAUGUUGCAUUAGGCUCACAUGAUGCUUUCCACAAAGGUCCCAAUGAAGAAGCUAUUGUCUCUGAUAAAGGCCCUACUAACAGUAGUGAGAACAGAACUGAACCUACAAAUCAAUCCAGAAUGAGGGCACCUAUUGCUAUUGGCAGUAAUAUGAGUAUUUCUGAAGCUUAUGCAAAAGGAGCAGAGCAUGAUCAAACUCAGAUGUCUGGAAACCAUGAUUUUCAGCCACCUCAGUCAGCAUUCAGUGAGGUCAAUCAAGAAAAGAUCACUGUAAUUAAUGAUAGAAAUAGUUCAGAUCCAAAAUGGAUAAAAGCCAGUCUUGUUCCGGUAUACAAGGCCAAGGUUAUUCCUAAUUAUGAGAAUCAGUCAAAAUAUGAUCCACGUUUUGAGGGUGGAGUGCGAGGGCAAGCAACAGGAAUGAUUCAGCAUGUGCAUGUUCCACAAGUAUCGAUUAGCUCUGAUGUUUAUAGACAAGAGCUACAGAAGAAGAGUGAACAGUACCUUGGGGGAGGCAUCUAUCCUACUCUUAGCUUGACUUCAGGUGGCAGUGGUAGUCUCAGGGGCAGUGGGUCCACAGGGGCAUCUUACACCAUCCUUCCCCCAAAGUCUAACCAUUAUCAAGCUUUGCCAAUCACUUUACCCCAGAACACCCAAAAGGCCCCAGAAAAUAACUCACACAUGUACCCACAAUCAAGCAACAAUACUAUGCCUGAAACAUCACAAUUAAAGGUCUCCAAUCAAACAUAUGGACAUCGAAACAAUCCAGAAAAUGGGGAAGCUGUCUCAACAUCUGAUUAUUCUCCAAAGGACCUCAGACACAAUAUCGAAGGUACAAAAUCAAAUUCCCGAAGAAAAUCUGAAGUAGCGAAGGGCCAGUCUUUGCCAGUGGAUGCUGGAAAAGGCAGAACAGCUUUUGUUAAUAAUAUCCCUGUUUACAGAAGUUCUAGUGCACACAGCAUUCUUGACCGAGAUAAUGAGUUCAGAAAAGAAGAUAGGAAGUUUCAUUCUGCGUAUGCUAGGACUGAAAGUCAGCCUGAAGCAGAGGGACAUAUUUCAAGAAAAGAUACAGCAGGAAAGAAAACUACUGCAACUACUCAUAGGGCUCAGUCUCCAGUGAGGGGAGAGGCUCCAAAAUCUGUCACGUCACUGAUUGACAAGUUUGAGAAAGGAACUGAUUUGAACAACCCAGGUAUCGGUCUCCUGGAUAUUUCUGACAAACCUCCCUCCAUGACAUCAACGCCAGUGGUCAAAAGGAGAAAUCAGGGAGUUAGCACACCCCAGCCAAGCCAUGGAAAACUGGCAGCUUCCAAGUCAGCAGAUGAAAGUCAUAGAUCUCAGUCUGAAGAACCCAAACAAUUUCAUAACCAAAAGGAAUUUAACAACAUGCCAGGUUGGCCCAAUAGUAAAAUUCUGCAGAAUCAACCUGGCACCGUACAUGCUUCUUUAGAUCGACACAUCUCAAACUCUCAUCAGAUUAUGGCGACUCAUUACACGCAGUCAUACAAUGAGGAGGGCAGAAAAACGCCUCAUGAUCAAAUCUUGUCCAACCAUGUCCAACAUUUCCAUCAGAAUUCAAAUAAUCAGAAAACAAGCCAGCCUUUCACAAACAAACCGAAGCUUCAACAAUCACAGCAUACAGUGUCAGAAACUCCACAUCAGCAUUACAGAGAACAGUAUCUUGAAUCUGACAGUGCUUCAGAACAAACUCAGUCACAAAUAAUCAUAUCUCCUGGAUAUGACAAAGCCCCCAACUGGUACCAACAAAGACAUUCACAGCAAGUAACUCACAACUCCAGGUUUCAGCCACCACACCCAGCAGUGCAGCCAUAUAACAGUUUCCCCACAAACAGCAACAUAAAUGCAGCCUCCCAUGGCACGUCUGAGAGCCUGAGAUGUAAUGAAGACUUUUAUCAAAGCACCAAAGUGACCACCAGUUCAGCAUUUGAGAAUCCUCUUAGAGUGGCAACAAAAUAUGGCCGCCAGCCAGGUGCAAUGGCUGUUGUGAAGCCUACAGUAAUGAAUAUUUAA